GCUUGAACGAUGCGCUUCCUCUCGUCACGUUGGUUUUUUUUGUUUGUGCAUUUUAACGAAAAUGAUAUCGUGUGUGAUCUUGUGUGGCAUGGAAUAUGGAAAGAUUUGGGUGGAGUGACCUGAUAUUAGCUUGUUUGUGCAAGUGAACUUUUGAACAAGACCGGCUUGUCAUCAUGAAGUCGCGAUUGGAUCGUCUUUUCGUCUUGCUGGAGGCCGGUGCGGGCUCGGCUACAAGGCGAGCGGCGGCGAGGCAGCUCGGCGAGGUCCAGAAAGCCCAUCCCGAGGAGUUACACCGGCUCCUCGGCAGACUGAUGACACAUCUCCGCUCGCCAGCUUGGGAGACAAGAGUCGCUGCAGCUCAAGCGGUCGAAGCGAUCCUAUCGAACGUUCCGGAAUGGCAUCCGACACCGCUGGCGGAUAAGAAAGAGAUUAAACCAGACCCGGAAGAUUACGGACUGUUGAAAUGUGACACGUUCAACAUAGAGCGGGUCCUUCAGAACGGAGCGCACUUGAUGGGUUCCGAGGGAAACGAAUAUGAUUUUGACGAGAAUGACUUCACGCUCUCCACAGCAGACGCAAAGGAGCGUAUGGCGAAGCAACGGCAGCAGUUAAACACUCGUCUAGGUCUGGACGUUGCGGCCAAUCUCGGCGUCGACUUGACCUCCAUAUACACGAACGAGGACCUUUGCCCGGUCAGACCGCAAACAAACAAGGCUGAACCGCAGAGAAUGCCGGUACAAGAACUAGUCCCUAUUUCUUCGAAACCGCUCAGUUCACGGGAAAAGAAUUUGGCGAAGAGACGAGCUCGUGCCGCUCUCAGCAAACAGAAAUCUAGAGACUGCACCGAGGAGUCUACCUCAGCUCCUCCUACGCCCCCGAUAGAACCCGAGAAGAAGAAAAUGAAAUUAGAACAGACUGAAGAUUUUUUUCUGGAGGCAGGAGCCGCAGUGCCGUGCGCCGCCGGCUGGCAGGGGGAGGCGGCUCGGUGGCCCCUGGAGGCGUGGUGCAGCGCGCUACUGACGCAGCUGUUCAGCCCUCACUGGGAGGCUCGCCACGGAGCCGCCAGUGCACUCAGAGAACUACUACGAGCCAAGAUAGCCAACACUGCCGGGAUCACUCGCUACACCGAGCCUCAACACAUGGAGUGUGCGCAUCAAGAUUGGCUAGAAGACAUGGCCUUGAGGUUACUGUGCGUACUGGCGCUGGACCGCUUCGGAGACUUUGUUUCUGAUCAGGUGGUGGCUCCAGUGAGGGAAACGUGCGCCCAGACGCUGGGCGUGGCGCUGGCGCAGCUGGACGAGGCCCGCGUGCGCAAGGUGGCGGGCCUGCUGUCCUCGCUGGCCGCGCAGGCGCAGUGGGAGGCCCGCCACGGCGCCCUGCUCGGCUUCAAGUACAUGCUGGCAGCCAGGCAGGAGGUGGCGUGCAGCAGCGGCGCCCUGGAGCACCUGAUGUCGGGGCUGGAGGACGGCGCCGAGGACGUGUCGGGCGUGGCGGCGGGCGCGCUGGUGCCGGCGGCGGGCGCGCUGGUGUCCGCCCGCCCGCACGCCGCCGCGCGCCUGGUGCAGCGCCUGUGGGGCCUGCUGCGGGACCAGGACGACCUCGCCGCGCCCGCGCACUCCUACAUGGCGCUGCUGGCGGCGCUCAUGGCGCUGCCGGAGCCGGCGCGACUGCUGCACCCGAUCGAUUUGGCAGACGUGCUACCUCGUCUGUGGCCGUAUUUAGACCACGCGACCUCAUCGGUGCGCAAAGCCACGCUACAGACUCUCCGCACCCUGACGCGGCCCCUGGUCACUACAGCCGCACCGCGCGCCGACACCGCCCACAGCCCGCCGCCCGACAACGCCGCGCCCAGUGAGGACCAACCGAACGGGCUGGAUGAACAGUACUUGAUGUGGACCCCGGAGCUGUUGCAGGAAGCAAUGAGACACGUCUACCAGAGAGUGUUGUUCGAACACAUCUAUGAAAUACAAGAAAUUGCAGUGCAAGUGUGGGAGAACCUGAUCCGUCACGCGUGCCUGGGCGUGAUCCUGGUGGCGGCGUGCCCCAUGCUGUCCACGUGGCUGUGCCUGGCCAUGCAGCCCGCGCGCCUGGCCGUGGACCCGGCGCUCAUACUCGUGCCGCCGCUCAAGGAGCGGCGCACGCGCACGAGCCCGGCGGAGGCGGUCCCGGGCGAGGUCCGCGCGGCGCAGCGCUGGUACGUGGGCGGCGCCGACACGCAGGCCAGCGCCGCGCGGGACAAGAACGUGUCGCGGGCGCGCUGUCUCGCCGCCGACAUACUGGGGCACCUGUCGUGCUACCUGGUGCAACCCGCGCCCGGCAUCGACUACACGGCGGAAGAAGAGAGCCCCAUCGAUUGCUACGUGAAGGUGAUGGUGGUGUACCUCCGCUCGGGCAGCGCCCUGCAGCGCCUGGUGGCCAGCCUCGUGGUGUCGGCCUGGGCGCGCCACACGCGGCGCCGCGGCCUCUACCCGCCGCCCGCCCCCCGCCCCGCACACCCGGAUGAAGAGAAAGAUGAAAAUCAUGAAACGAACGACAUAACAAAGCUGGCCCCGGCGUCGCUGGUGUCCACCCUGCACACGGCGCUCAACCAGGCACUGUACUAUGAUGAGGUGGCUCUCAACUGCAACAGGAUACUCCAAGAGGCAAGAGACUUUUUGGCGACCUUGAAACAUUACAAGUUACCAGUUGACGGUGAGGAGUUCAACAACAUUGUGCGAUUGGAACAGGUGGUGCAGCUGACGGGCGCCGCGCAGGGCAUGGUGAGCCGCAUGAAGCCCAAGCGAGCCGCGCCCGCGCUGGACGAGCGCCGCCGCGCGCUGCGGGCCGCCGCCGCGCACACGCACGCCAUGCACGCCGCGCUCGCCGUAGCGGUUCAAGCUGCCAUAGCGGGAGCCUGUGCGAAUCUCCAUUGCCUGCCAGAGAAACUGAACCCAGUGGUGAGGCCGCUCAUGGAGAGCAUUAAGAAGGAAUGGUGUGAGGAACUUCAGGCGAAUUCGGCGAAGACACUGGUGACGCUUUUGGCGCAGCUCGCAGACCGGGACCCCUGCCCUAAUAAUAAAGUGCUGGUUAAUUUAAAAGCCUUUCUCAGAUGCGACCCGGAGGUGACGCCGCGUGUGUCCUUGGAGCGCGUAGAGGAGGGCGGCGAGGACGGCAGCGGGGACUCCGCCGGGGAGGGACGCCACACGCGCCCUCUCGGACCGCACUGUGAGUACAUAGCGGGCGUGAACUGGCUGCGGUUCCUGUACGAGUACAAGCUGCACGGCGUGCUGUGCGACGACAUGGGGCUGGGCAAGACGCUGCAGUCCAUAGCCGUGGUGGCGGGCUCGCACUGGGAGGGCGCCGCCGCGCGGGCGCACGCGCUGCCCUCGCUCGUCGUCUGCCCCCCCACACUCACAGGUCACUGGGUGUUCGAAGUAAACAAGUUCAUACCUUCGAAGAUCCUCAGGCCGCUGCAGUACGUCGGGCCGCCGGCUGAACGGGAGAAGCUUCGGCAUCAAGUGAAGUACCACAACUUCAUCGUCGCCUCGUAUGACAUCGUCAGGAAGGACAUAGACUUCUUCAGCAGCAUCAGGUGGAACUACUGCGUUCUGGACGAGGGACACGUCAUCAAAAAUGACAAGACGAAGGCUUUCAAAGCCAUUAAAAUGCUGAUAGCCAACCAUAGGUUGAUACUAUCCGGAACACCGAUUCAGAACAACGUGCUGGAGCUGUGGUCGCUGUUCGACUUCCUGAUGCCGGGCCUGCUGGGCACCUCGCGCGAGUUCACGGCGCGCUACUCGCGGCCCAUCCUCGCCGCCCGCGACCCCCGCGCCUCCCCGCUGCAGCUGCAGGCCGGCGCGCUCGCCUGCGAGGCGCUGCACAGGCAGGUGCUACCGUUCCUGUUGAGGCGUGUUAAAGAAGACGUACUGAAGGAGCUUCCACCGAAGAUAACGCAGGACUAUUACUGCGAGCUCAGCCCCCUACAGCGAUGCCUGUACGAGGACUUCUCGAGAGACCACGUGCCGCAGGACAUCACUAGCACUAGUCACACACACGUAUUUCAGGCUCUACAUUACCUCCAAAACGUCUGCAACCACCCGAAGCUGGUGUUGACUCCGGACCACCCCGAGGCACAGACCAUCGCCAAACAGUUGAGAGCGCAAAAUUCUAAUCUCGACGACAUUGAACAUUCCGCUAAACUGCCUGCCUUAAAACAACUGCUCCUCGACUGCGGGAUCGGCGCGACGGGGGCGGAGGCCGAGUCCUCGCCGGUCGUGUCGCAACACCGAGCGCUCGUAUUCUGUCAACUGAAGAAAAUGUUGGACAUCGUCGAGAGAGAUCUGCUGCUACAGCAUCUGCCCUCCGUGACGUACCUGCGGCUCGACGGCUCGGUCCCGCCCCAGCACAGGCACGCCAUCGUCACGCGCUUCAACACCGACGUCUCCAUCGAUUUAUUACUGCUCACGACCGCGGUGGGAGGCCUGGGGCUGAACUUAACCGGCGCGGACACUGUGAUUUUCGUGGAACACGACUGGAACCCCAUGAAGGACCUGCAGGCCAUGGACCGAGCUCAUCGGAUCGGACAAAAGAAAGUUGUUAAUGUCUACAGACUCAUCACCAGGAAUACACUCGAAGAGAAGAUAAUGGGGCUACAAAAAUUUAAAUUGAUGACAGCGAACACGGUUAUAAGCAGCGAGAAUGCAGCCAUAGAGACGAUGGGCACGGACCAGCUGCUUGACCUGUUCACCCUCAAGCCCGGCCGCUCGCACGACCAGCCCGCCGCUUCCAGGUCCGUGCUCGAGGCGCUGCCCGACCUCUGGGACGACAAACAGUACGAAGAGGAAUAUGACAUGACUAACUUCAUCAAGGGAUUGAACAAAAUGAACGCGCACUAACAUUCAUCAUCAUCAUCUUCGGCCUUACAGCCCAGGGAGGGCCUUAGCCUGGUCCAGUAAGUCUCUCCAGACUGCUCUGUUCAGGGAUUUCUCCUUCCAG